AUGUACGGGUGUGGGAAGAGCUUCAUUCGUAAAAUCGUCCUUCAGCAACAUCAUCUGUCGCACACUGGCGAGAAACCCUAUGGCUGCGUCGAAUGUGGAAAGAGAUUCACCAACAAAAGAACCCUUCAGCUCAAUCAGCGGCUUCACAGCAAAGACAAGAUAUUCAGCUGCAAGGAGUGUGGGAAGACCUUUGCCUACAAUUACAGCCUCAAAGGCUACAAACAGAUUCAUAACGGCGACAAACCCCAUUCUUGUAGUGACUGUGGAAAGAGGUUCAUACGUAAAAACGACCUCCUGCAGCAUCAGACAAUCCACACCGGAGAGAAGCCACACAGUUGCCCUGUGUGUGGGAAAUGCUUCCGAGUGGUCGGCGGACUGCAGGAGCAUUUGGUGAUUCACACCGUGGAGUAUCCGUAUUUCUAUAAGCGGUGUGGGAAAAGGUUCAGACUGAAGGGGAAACUUCAGCAGCAUCAGAGGAUUCACAGAGAGAAGUGGUUCUUCAGCAUGGACUGUGGGCAAGGAUUCACAUAUAAAAGUACCCUGCAAGUCCAUCAGAGGAUUCAUACCGGCGAGAAGCCAUACUCUUGUACCGAAUGUGGGAAGAGAUUCCGAGUGUCAAACACUCUGCUGAAGCACAGGAGAAUCCAUGCCAAGGACCUGGCCUCAAACGAGGCAGAGAAGCUUAAACAGCUUGCAGGAGAGUGA